AUGUUGGCCUCGCCUUCAGCAACACCUGAAUCGGCUCCACCAGCUUAUACUCCUGCUUCGAAAAUCACAAGAGGCCACUCAUGUGUUCUCUGUCAGCAGAGGAAAGUCCGUUGUGACAGACAAAAACCAUGUUCGAAUUGUGUCAAAGCUAGAGUCGAAUGUAUUGCUAGCAUUCCCACACUAGCGAGAAGAAGAAGACAAAAAACGUCCGAGACAGAUGUCAUGGGCAAGCUUAAACGCUAUGAGCAACUACUCAAGACCCAUGGUGUCAAAAUCGACGAAGACGAGGAAGGUUCUCGCCCAAGUGAAGAGCCUACGAAAGCAACCUGCGAAGUGUUCCAGCCCCAGCCUCCAAGAAGCUGGGACGACAGGACAACUAUCGGACUUACAGCGCCGAGACCUCCGAACGCCGAGACGGGGACUUUGUUUAUUCAUAAGGAAGAGGCUCAUUAUGUUGAAAAUACUUUGUGGGAGAAUCUCAAAGAGGAAAUUGCAGAUACCAAAGACGACGUUACGGAUCACUCCUCGUCUGAGGAUGAAUCCAACGAGGGCGAACUGUAUCCGGAAGCGGAAUUAUUCCUGCUUGGGCAUAUGAUACCUUCAAGAAAACUGACUGAAGCGCAUCCACAACCGGUUCAUAUCUUUCGAUUAUGGCAGACGUUUCUCAACAAUGUCAACCCUCUCAUCACCAUGUUUCAUGCCCCAACUGUACAGCAGCUUAUUCUUGAUGCUGCCGCAAAUUUGAAAACAGUCUCUCGGCCAGUAGAAGCGCUCAUGUUCAGCAUCUAUCUUCUGGCAGUUACGUCAUUAGAAGAUUCGGCCUGCGAAUCAAUGUUUGGAGAAUCUCAAGCGAGUCUCAUUCGAAAGUACUCGCGCGCUACACAUCAAGCUCUCGUAAACUCCAAGUUUCUGAAGUCACUCAAUCUCUAUACAUUGCAAGCUUAUGUUUACUACCUUCUUGGCGUUCGCAAGUAUUAUGAUGCUCACUCGAUUUGGGUUCUAACCGGCUCCGCUGUCCGAAUUGCUCAACGACUUGGACUCCAUCGUGAUGGUUCUCGUUGGAAAAUAUCCGUUUUCGAUGCUGAAAUGAGGAGAAGGACCUGGUGGACAAUCAUCUUUUUGGAUGGCCAUGCAUCAAAGCUGGCUGGCGCAGGGUUUCCUUCGUGGCUUAUAAAUUUCGAUACCAAGAUCCCAUUGAACCUCAGUGAUAGCGAUCUGAACCCCGAAAUGAAAAUUCUGCCCGAAGAAAAGGUCGGAGCAACAGAGAUGAUGUUUAGCUGUAUGCGAUACGAGGUAGCCGCUGCAAUUCGAAGAGCGGGUGCCUUUGCAACAGAUGGAAUUGGUACUGUCUUCGACAAACAUUCUGACGCUUCUCUCAUUGGCAAGAAAGACGCGGCCAUUGACGAGCUUGACAAGACUUUUAAAGAAAAGUAUCUCAAAUACUGUGAUCCGUCAAUACCAUUACACAUUGUUAUUAAACAUAUGGCAAGUUCAGUCAUCGCCUCAAUGAGGCUUAUGGCUCAUCAUCCGCGGCAAUAUCCAGAUAAGGGAGCAAGUAUGCCACAGAGCGAACGAGAUAUGCUAUUUCAAUUGAGUAUAACCGAGCUUGAGAUUGACAAUCUUGGUUACACCAUUAAAGCUAUUCGCGGAUUUGUUUGGCAGAUCUCGCAGUAUUUUCAGGAGGAUGGAUUUAUCUUUCUCUUGGGAGAAUUACGAGUCCGGCUCACGGGAGAGGACGUCGAUCGAGCAUGGCGCCUCGUCAAAGCUACCUAUGAGUACCACACUGACAUGAUUGAUAACAUGAAGAAUCCUUUGUAUGUUGCAAUCGGGAACUUGUGUCUUAAAGCAUGGCGUAGGAGAGAAGAAGCCGGACUCACUGGUUUGACCGGGUACGAAUCGGAAACUCCUCAGUUCAUCAAACGUCUUCGAGAGCUCAGGAAAGGCUCAGAGAUCGCUAAACCAGGUGCACCAAGCUACAAUUUUGGACAGGCCGUACCACCAGCCCAAUAUGCGCAAGUUCCGAAUUACAAUCCUCAAAAUUCAGCAACGGUACAAAAUAUGCUCCAGGACAAUGCAAAUCAAUUCGCAAACAUCGAUCUGGAUCUUGAUGUAGAGAUGCCUGAGAUUAACUCGGUUGAUUGGGAAUACUGGCAAACCCUGUUCGAUGGAGAUUCAUCGUACGACGCAGAAAGCGGGAGUUAUUUCAAUUAA